AUGAGUCAUAAUAAAAGUUACCACGAUUGGGGUUCUAAGAGUACUAUUAAGACACGCACACCGGACAAGCAAGGAACAACCUCGUCCGCGAUCGGGAAACCAGUAGAGAAUCAAUCAGGUUCAAAGUCACCCGGUCAACAACGUGUCGGAUCCCGAUCGAACUGCUCCGGUGAAGGGUGCGCAUACGAAGUUGAGGCGCUGACCUUAGCACGUGAUGGUGGAAUUUUGGACUGGGACGAUCGUGUGGUGGAUGUUCUGGAUGAUCGAGAGCUGGAAAUCCAGAAACCCACGGGGACUAUUGAAAUCAAAAUAAGCGCGCUUCACCGUACGAUCGGAGACAUGGGUGCGGAAUGUGGUGGAUUGUGCUAUUCCGUUUACAAUGGUGAACGCCUGCAUCUCUCGGUUCAGAUUGUCACAAAAUGUGCGCUCUUGUGA